UCUAUCAUGAACUUAGUUUUGAAUCUUAGUUCAUGCUUUCUGUAUAAUGUAUUAUAAUUUUUAAUAAUUAACAAUAAUUUAUAGUUUAUAGAGCUUUUUAUUUUUUUUACGUUACAGACAACAUUUUUCAUUUUUCAUUCUGUGGCUCGUAACCCGUAGGUUUUUGGACAAAUAAAUGUAGGUUGAGUGGAUGUACAGUGUUCAAUAAUAUUCGAUAAACGAUUAAUUUUUUUUGAACUGUACCUUAUUGCAACUCGUUGAGCUAUCUCUAACAGUAUGUCUGCUUUCGAGUAUUAUACUAAGAAUGGUAUUAAUGAGGACAGUGUGAACCGCAAACGUAAAAAUCAUGGCCAACAAUGUCAAAGUAAAAACAAGAAGAAAUUAAAAAAAAUUCCAGUUAAAAUUACUAAAAACGAAAAAGGCAUUGAAAAUCCAAAAAAACCUAAAAGCCAAGCUUUGAAUAAUAUUUAUAAUAACUUAAAAGAUUCUUUUAAGACGGGGCAAAAAUUGUUGGAAUGGCUGAUACAUCCCAUCAGUAUAGACGAUUUUAUGAAGAAUCAUUGGGAAAAAAAUAUCCUGCAUGUGCCAAGAAACAGUUCUAAUUAUUUUUCGCAAUUGUUUUCUCUUACUGAACUUGAUACCAUUCUUCGUGAAAAUAAUCUUCAAUAUGGGACAAAUGUUGAUAUUACAUCUUAUACAGACAAUGUACGUGAAACACAUAAUCCAGUCGGCCGUGCUCAUCCUCAUGUUGUUUGGGAUUAUUUCAACAAUGAGUGUAGUGUCCGAUUACUGAAUCCUCAGUUAUUCGCUCCAGAAAUUUAUAAAUUCAUGGCUAAUCUACAAGAGUAUUUUGGUUCAUUAGUUGGUUGUAAUGUUUACCUUACACCUCCAUUUUCUCAAGGGUUUGCUCCUCACUAUGAUGAUAUUGAAGCAUUUGUUGUGCAAGUAGAUGGUGAAAAACAUUGGAGGGUUUAUAAACCAAGAAGUGGGUUCGAAACCCUGCCAAGGACUUCAAGCCGAAAUUUUCAUCAAGAUGAAAUAGGUGAACCAAUUCUUGAUGUUAUAUUGAGGCCUGGAGAUUUCUUGUAUAUGCCUAGAGGAUAUAUACAUCAAGCAGAUACUUUAUUUACAGAAACACAUUCUUUACAUUUGACAUUUUCAUCAUAUCAACAAAAUUCUAUGUAUGAUUUUCUUCAAGUGGUGGUUAAUAAUUCUUUAAAUAACGCUGUGAAGAAUGAUGUAUCUUAUAGGUAUGGAUUACCUAUUGGAUACCAACAUUUUGGAGGCUUAUGCGAAUCAGAAAAACCACUUCCUCGUACUGUUCAAAGGCAAAAAUUUGAAAAUCAAAUAAACCAACUUAUAACAAACUUAAAAAAACACAUGGAUCUUGAUCAUGCAAUUGACAUGUUUUCAUUGAAAAAUUAUUAUACAAAUUCAUUGCCACCGUCAAUAUGUAAUGAUGAACUACUACGGACAGUUGCUAAUGGUACAAAAAUGUUACCUAAUGGAAAAACCACUGAACUAGAGAUAAAUCUUGAAAUUGCUGAAGUUAAAUUUAUUCGUAAAAAUUGCUUUAGGUUGGUCGAAGAAAGCAUGUUGGAUGAAGAAACUGAUCAAAUGAUAAAUGAAGUGAGAUUGUAUUAUAAUUUAGAUAACUCUAAACAAUUGCAUAGUAAUGAGUGUCAAUUUGUUGUCAUACCUGAUGAAAUGGGAUUAUUUGUGAAGAAACUGUUUAAUAUUUAUCCAUCAUUUAUUAAAGUAUCUGACUUAUGCAGUGAUAAUGAACAGGCUAUGCAGCUAGUGAAUGAUUUAUGGGAACGAGGAUUGUUAAUUACUUCAAAAGAUAUUACGACACUGUCUACUUAGUUAUUGAAAAAAACAACUAAAACUUACAUACUAAAAUGUAUGUUUGAAAUAAUACUUUACUUUAAGUUAUAAUAAACAAUGCAUUUUAAGAAAAGUUACAUAUUAUUAUUUUAUACAUUUUGUAAGUGCUUGUUCUUGGCAAUCACAUAUUCAGUGUAGCUGAGAAAUCCAUCAUAGUUUGUGUCAUCAUCAUACAGUAUUUGAUCAACUAAAUCUAAUAACAGUUUUAGAUUUUUAGUAUGUUUUAUUCGUAAUUAAAUAAAUAUUUUACCUGUAUAAUUUUCUAAA